GCAACAGAAUCAUCGGAUCAGGUUGCAGUUUCAAUACUCAAAAUAAUAUAAUGUGCGUUUGACACUAAAGAGAAUACUGAACGCAAACAAUCAUGAGUGUCAGCAUUGUGCAGUACUUUGGGGAACAGAAUAGCAAAUGUGGCUACUGCACGGGAACGAAUUGCAGCAGGUCUCAUGGCAUGCAUGCGUAUCGCUUAGCCUGUGAUGACUACCAAGAGCUGAUCGAUCGGGGUUGGCGGCGUUGCGGCAAUUACUGCUAUAAGCCGCAAAACAACGUAACCUGCUGCCCCUGCUACACCAUCAAGUCCGAUGCGCUGGAGUUCAAGCUGUCCAAGUCAAACAAGCGAAUAUUGAGGCGCAUGAAUAAGUUUCUGCGUGAUGGAAAACGUGAGCCGGGUGAAUCAACAACGCCACAGAAUGGCGAUGGCGAUGAUAUUGGCAACGGUGUCAAUAUAAGUGAACUUCAACCGCAGCUGCCUGAUAAGAAGCCCUCAGUGAUUGAUGUGGAGCACGUUGAGAACUUGGCACAGUCUCGUGGAGAGCAACUAAAGACGGCAAAAAACUUGGAACCGCUCGAAUCGAAGACAGGAGACGGAGAUCAUUCAGCGUCCUCGCAGGCAGCCAACAAAUGCAAACUCACGAACUCAAAUCCACCGCGCAAGAAGGCCAAACAAAUGCGCUUGGAGCGGAGGCAGGCCAAGUUAGGCAUACCCCUAGAGCAGGCACAGACUAAAACGAUGACACAGGAGAAAAGUUUACGAGAUUUUCUAUCAGCAGCGAGUGAGACUGACAAGCAUAAGCUGAAGAUCGUUUUGGUCGCUGCCUCAGAUAUACAACGCAGUUGUACCGAUGCAGUACACGCAUUGUAUCGCAAAUAUCAAAUAGUCAUACACAAUGAUAACCCCGCACGCCUAACACUAUCUAGUAUGCAGCGGUUUUUGGUUGAAUCACCCCUAAAGCAUGAAAAAAAAGAAGAUGCUCCCGAAAUGGGCUACGGAUCAUUUCAUCAGCAAUACUGGUUGGACGAUAAGCUUAUUGCUGUUGGUGUCAUCGAUAUUCUGCCCGGUUCGGUUAGUUCUGUGUACUUUUUCUACGAUCCCGACUACAGUUUCCUAUCACUGGGCACUUAUGGAUCAUUAAGAGAAAUUGAUUUGGUGCAGACGAUAGCUGAGCGAGUACCCGCAUUAAAGUAUUACUACAUGGGCUUCUAUAUACACUCGUGUCCCAAAAUGCGAUACAAGGGAAAACUAUCUGCCUCCUAUUUGCUGUGCCCAGAGACUUACGUUUGGUUGCCUUUAACUGAUGAUAUACGUAGUAAACUUGAUGCCCAAAAAUAUCAACGUCUCAAUCCGGUUGUUACUGAUAAAGAUGUGAAUGAGUUUUUAAAUCAGCAUUUAGACGAUGUACAACUUCUGCUGGAUGCUAGAACCUGUAUCACAUACCAGAGAUUUAUACGGAUGGCUGGUGCUUUUGGAGAACGUGAGUCAAUAAUUGAGUAUUGCAAGCUUGUGGGUAAAGUCUGUGCACACCGAAUGGUCUACGUGAACAUGUCAUGAACUGGCAUACUAUUGAUAAAAAGAAAAUUAAAAAUGCAAAUUAAUUCUCACAUAUUUCAAUUAAGUUUACAGCCUUAGCUAAGUAGUGCAAAAUUGUGUCAUUCAAAUAUAAUUGAUUAUUCUCUGUUGAGCCUAGCAAAUACUUAAGUUCAUGUUUUAAAACUCAGCUUUAACAAAUAAAGAAAUUAAAAUGUUCAGCCAAAUGA